CUCCUGGCACCAUCCUGGGAAAGGACAAGAUGAAGUGGACAGCACUUGGUAUUGUGGCCAUCCUGCAGGCACAGUUCCCAAUUACAGCGGCACAGAGCUUCGGCCUGCUCGAUCCUAAACUCUGCUACCUGUUGGAUGGGAUCCUCUUCAUCUACGGCGUUAUUGUCACUGCCCUGUUUCUGAGAGCAAAGUUCAGCAGGAGUGCCGCCCCCGCCUACCAGCAGGGCCAGAACCCGGUCUACAACGAGCUGAAUGUCGGCCGAAGAGAGGAGUAUGCGGUCCUGGAUAGGAGAGGGGGCUUCGACCCUGAGAAGGGGGGAAAACCGAGGAAGAAGAACCCCAACGAAGUCGUGUAUAAUGAGCUAAGAAAAGACAAGAUGGCGGAGGCCUACAGUGAGAUCGGGAUGAAGAGUGACAACCAGCGGCGAAGAGGCAAGGGGCAUGAUGGUCUUUACCAGGGACUCAGCACGGCCACCAAGGACACCUAUGACGCCCUCCACAUGCAAGCCUUGCCCCCUCGCUAACAGCUCCUGAAGUUUCAGCACUCACAGGCCAGACCUGUAGACGCCUAGAUUGUUAAAGAUACAGGAUAAAGCAUUUACAACCUAGUUCACUCACAUUUCUCCACCACCCAAGUAUUUCUCUUUAUGAAUGGGAUGCUUCAAGUUGUAACAUUUGGUCAUACCCAGUUCCAAACUCACACAGAAUUUUGUCCUUGGACGCCGUGAAAGUGUGCAUCCCCAUGUGCUUCCUGAAGAGUCCACUGUGAACGCGGCAUGUUCUGAGGUUUUCUGGUUUCCUGGGGACUGGGCAGGCCCUACUCCCUGCAGCUCCAGGCUCUUACCUGGGAGUCGGGCCUCCUCCUUCUCAAACGCAACUGAAUUCAGGGUGUUUUGUAAAGUCCCCAGAGAAACCGCAAAUGUUAGUGCAUGUCCUAACAGCCUGUACUGUUCUGUCCGUUUUUGAGUAGCUUUGCUCCUGCUGUAAAUUUGGCUUCAGUUGUUACCCUACCCCCUAAUUUCAAUGUAACUGGUAAUUGGGCCCGGAAGCGGGCAGAGGGGAAGGUGGGGUAGGUAG